AUGGCGUCUAAAUACAAGGACAAGGAUGCCGGCAUUGCCCUGUCGUUCAGCGGCGUCUGGGUAAGCUGGGCGCAUACCAUUCUGGCAGCCAGCGCAUUCAUUAGUGCUUUCGUUGUUGGCGUGUCCCUUCAUUACCACAAGAUUGUCCAGAAUGAGUUCUACGGAUACCCAGACGAAUGGUUCCCUUCGGUUUCCGCGACCAUUGGCGAUCGAUACCCCGAACGAUCAUUCUUCAUGAUCUUCAUUGCCAUCACUUCUGGCCCUCGCUUUGCGCUCGUUGGAUUGUGGUACCUUUUAUCUCGAAAACCUGGUCACAAGCUACCGGGCUUUGUUGCUGCCAUGGGUGUUCUCCGCACUCUAACAUGUGGAGGAUGGACUUACAUCACCUCGACCGACGACCACGACUGGCACGAUAUUCUCAUGAUCUCAUACAUCGUCGCCACUCUCCCUUGGACAACUGGCUGUAUUGCCCUUAGCCCGGCGAACCCAACCGCGAUCAAGUACCGCAAGUACCUUGCUGGUGCUUUCUUUGGCACUCUUGUCCCCUUGAUCUACUUCUUUAUUCAGCACAAGGUCCACCGCGUUGCUGGUGCAUACACCACUUAUGCAUUCUUCGAAUGGGCAUUGAUUGUUCUCGAUGUAGCUUUCGAUGCCGUGACUGCUCUCGAUUUCGGGACUUUUGAGAUUUCCAUCAAGGACGUCAAGGGGUCCAGCAAGGGUGACAACAGUUCCUCGGUCUCCUCCGCCGUACAGGAAAAGGAGAAGGAGAAAUACGGCACAGGGAUUUACUCUGGUCGAUUUACCUGGGCGGAGGUGUUUGACACUGCUGCGGAUAUCUACCAUGGGUUUGUGUUUUGGACUACUUUGACCAGCCUCGGGCUUGUUGUUUGGUUCUUUCCUCUUUGGUACAUGGGCAUUUCCGGGUUUGAGGCAUUCGUCAUGUCCACCAUCUCCCCCCUGUUCUUCGGCAUUGGACCCCUGCGAUCCGUCUUUAUUCAGAAUCAGCGUGUUAUUCACCUUCUCUCCCUGGCCGGCAUUGCCUCUUAUCUGGUCACUGAUCCGACGAAGCGCCUUUGCACCUUGGGUUUCGGUGUGGCCAUGUCUUGUUUGGGUUGGGUCGCAACGUUUGCAGCAGAAUCUGCUCAUGAUGUUCGCUUUGAGUCUAAGAUCCUCGGUCUUAUUGUUGGCCUCAUCUUAUCUUCCACAGCCAAAUUUCUUUGGCACACAAACAACCCGAUUUGGCCCAUCAUGCACGCUGAGAACGGUGGAUGGAACGGCACCGGUCUUGUUUUAGGUGUCCUCGCGGUGCUUCGUUUCACCCGAAAGGCACCUAUAACGGGUGGUUAUGUCUCCGACAGUAACCAGCAAAAGGGUUCUGCAUUGCUCGCUGCCUGUGGCAUUGGCGGUCUUUUCUUCGGCCUCCAUUCUCUUCUCUCUGAUACUAGCACCAUGAUCCUGUGGGUGUGGGAAGGGUUCCCUAUCCGUGGCCCGUACUUUUCUACACAUGGUUGGUUCACCCUCGCCGCCAUGUCGGCUGGAAUUUUUGCCGGGCUUCUGCGACCCAGCGAGGCAGGUGGUUGGGUGCAUUAUCUCAUUGGUACUGCGGGAGCUAUGACCCUGACUUUCUUUAGCCAUUGGGUUGGUUACUAUGGCGCUUUGGCUUUGACUGUUUAUCUUACCUCGGUCAGCGUGCCCUUGAUCCAGGCUGCGACCAAGAAGAGCCCGGCUAUCAGCUUUGGUAUCGGCUUUCUCAUUUACAACAUCAUGGUUCUGUUCCACGUGUGGGUCGUUGCUUAUGCCUUUGUCCCCGGUGGACCUCUGGUCCGUGAGCACACUGACUGGGUCAUGAUAACUAUGAUGGCUCUGCUUGGUGUUGGUGUAUACAACUUCAACAACUCUAAGCCCCGCCGCCAGCAGGCCAAGCGCCCGUCUGCCUCUCAGCAUAAGAAGUACUUUGGCGUUGGCACUCUGUUCAUCAAUAUCGUCUUCCUUUGUGGCGCGUUCAUGCGUUUCCCCACGAACGACUAUAAACCUUACCAUCCGGAGGACCGAGUCCUUACUGCUGGUAUCUGGACCAUUCACUUCUCCGUUGAUAAUGACAUGUGGUCUUCCGAAUACCGCAUGCGUGAUCUAAUCAAGGAGGCUGAACUUGACGUGGUUGGGCUGCUCGAGACAGACCAGCAGCGCAUCAUCAUGGGCAACCGAGACAGCUCUCAGUUCCUUGCCGAGGAUCUCGGUAUGUAUGUCGACUAUGGUCCGGGCCCCAACAAGCACACAUGGGGCGCCGUGCUUCUCUCCAAGUUCCCCAUCGUCGAGUCUAAACACCACCUCUUGCCUAGCCCAGUAGGUGAACUUGCCCCGGCCAUCCACGCUACCCUUGAUGUCUAUGGCCAAUUGGUCGACGUUUUCGUUUUCCACUCUGGCCAAGAGGAGGACCCUGAGGAUCGCCGCCUUCAGUCCCUCUACCUGGCCGACCUCAUGGGCUCAUCCCCGCGUCCUUCUAUCCUUCUCAGUUACCUCGUUACCAAGCCUCUCGAGGGCAACUACAACACCUACGUCAGCGACAAGUCGGGCAUGCACGACGUCGACCCGACAGAUUGGGACCGCUGGUGCGAAUACAUCCUGUUCAAGGGUCUCAAGCGUGUCGGUUACGCCCGCGUGAGCCGCAGCACCAUCACCGACACGGAGCUGCAAGUCGCCAAGUUCGUGAUCCCACAGAGUGACGUCGAGAUUGCGCAGCAGAAGAGCCUCAGUGCGGAGGAAAGGAACCGCCGCGUCGAGGAGCACGAGGUACCCGAGGGAUGGAAGUUCCCUGCCCGAUUUAGGGGUGAGGGUGUCAGAGGCCAUAGAUAUCACGUCUUUAACGAGCCUAGAUACUACAAUUAG